CGAUUAAAUUUCAAAAUGUCUAGAUCCGACUAGAAACUAUGUUAUUUGUGAAAUUUUAGUCUGUUUAUGUUCAUGUAUUUAUCUUAGAUCAAACAAUAUGUCUCUUGAGGAUCCUUUUUUCGUCGUCAAAGGAGAGGUGCAAAAAUCCAUAAGUAAUCUUGGUGAUCUUUAUGAUAAAUGGAAGUCAUUACUGAACAAUCCUGCUGCAGUAGGAAGAGAAGAAUAUAAUCUAACUACCAGUGAAUUACGUAACAACAUUCGAAGCAUUGAAUGGGAUCUCGAAGAUCUUGACGAGACAAUUCAAAUUGUUGAAGGAAAUCAGCGAAAAUUUAAUCUUAGUUCAGAAGAGAUUGCUGAUAGAAAAUCUUUUGUGCAACAAACAAAACAAAAUUUAAGUGAAAUCAAAUUGACAAUCAAUAGUUCAUCAACCCAAGCAAAAGUUCAAUCGUCCUCUCGUAAGGCUCUUAUAGGAACAGGUAGUAAAUCAACCUCUAACAAAUAUUCUCGUCUUGAUCAAGAAAUUGAACGUUCAAAUCAAGAUUACAUUAAAGAUCAACAACAACAGCAGCAGUUGAUAAUGGACUCUCAGGAUGAUCAAAUUGAGCUAGUUGGUCAUAGUGUUGGAGUUUUAAAGACAAUGAGUCAAAGGAUUGGAGAUGAAUUAGAUGAACAGAAUGUCCUACUUGACGAUCUAGGACAUGAAGUGGAUAUGACCGAUUCACGCCUGCAGCAGACUUUGUUGAAAAUUGAAAAAGUUCUAAGACUUUCUAGUGAUAAAAAGCAAACCUAUGUUCUCAUUGGUUUGAUCAUUAUUCUGGUCAUUAUUGUUGUAUUAUUCAUUGCUCUAUGAUGCUAUUUAUAUAUAAAGUUGGAACUUAAUGAUACAGAAACAAUUCCAGUACAUGAAAACGCACACAAGCUUUAAAGUUUUGGAUCAUCUUUCUCAUCAAACAAUAUAGACUGGCUGUGUCAUUUAUGUACUUUGGGGUGUGUUGAUGGUUCAAAGCUUUCAACUACAGGAUCAUGUAUGAACAAGAAAGGACUAAAGGAUACUCGUUUACGUGACUAUUAAUGUAUAUAGUUAGUUAUGGAAUGGAAAAGUGCAAGCGAGUUAUUACGGAAUUAUAACUCAACGAACAUAUUAUUUACGUUAUUCAAGGACGUUUAAAAAUAUAAAUUAAUCGACACUAAUUUACACUUAUCUAAGAAAUUAAAUUUCUCGCUGUCAUUUUAAGCUAUUAUUUUUGUAGGAAAUAAAGCAACAGAAAGUAAUUUA